AUGCCCAAAAUUAUCCUGGCAAUCAAUGCAGGCUCAUCCUCUGUCAAAGUCUCUGUUUUCUCGUACGAGUCGGAGACAAAAGACCCCAAACAAUUGGCAGACAUCGAAGUCUCGGGUCUAACUGCACCACCUGCCAAGCUGAAGUAUACUCGCGGCGAACUGAAAAUCAAAGGCCAGGAAAUCAAAGAGGUUGACUCGCAAGAAUCUGCGUACGAAUAUAUCAUCAAGCACUUGACCGAAGAUGAAGGCCUGCCGGAGCUGAAGCAUCGACACGACGUCGAAUUCGCAUGCCAUCGGGUGGUACAUGGAGGCGAUUACGACAAACCGACUCGCAUUGAUCGAGACACAUAUCAGCAUCUCGAAGAGCUUUCGGACCUGGCACCUCUCCACAAUGCAGGUGCACUCGCGAUCGUAAAGGCUGUCCAUGCAAACAACGAAAAGGUCACUAAUGUUGCCUUCUUCGAUUCAGCUUUCCAUGCCACAAUAGCAAAGGCAACUAGAACAUACGCCAUUGAUCAGAAAGUGGCAGAGAAGAACAAAUUGCGGAAAUAUGGUUUCCAUGGCAUCUCCUAUCAAUUUAUUACACGCUCCGUUGCCGAGUAUCUCAGCAAACCAAAGGACAAGCUGAAUAUCAUCGCAUUACAUCUCGGAUCUGGCGCCUCGGCUUGUGCUGUGAAGCAUGGCCAAAGUCUAGACAAUACAAUGGGUCUUACGCCACUGGCUGGCCUACCGGGAGCAACUCGAUCUGGCGACAUAGAUCCAAGCCUGAUCUUUCAUUUUACGCAUGAUGCUGGGAGACUCAGCAGCAGCAGCUCGAAGGGAAUGCAUAUUACGCAAGCUGAGCAGAUUCUGAACAAGGAGGCUGGUUGGCAAUCACUCACGGGCACGACGGACUUUGGCGUGAUCAGCAAGAAUGCCCAAGAAGGGGAUGAGACAUGCAAAUUGGCAUUUGACUUGCUUGUGGAUCGAAUUCUGGCUUUUGUUGGCAGCUAUUACGUGAAGCUAGGUGGGGAUGUUGAUGCUCUGGUUUUCGCAGGAGGAAUUGGCGAGAAGGGAGCCCAGCUUCGAACAGCAGUCACCGAAGGAGUGAAGUGUCUUGGCUUUGAACUUGAUGCACAGAAGAACGAGAAGCCAGAGGAUGUCAUUGUCGCGGACAUUGGAAGCCAGAGCAGUAAGCAUCGCGUGCUGGUCUGUCAGACAGACGAGCAAGUAGAGAUGGCAAGACAGUGUGCGAAACAAGCGUCGAGCUUGAGGAGAUGA